AUGCGAAGCGCAUCAGGAGGUAGAGGCGGCCGUGGUUGGUCUCCUGGUGGAAGAGGCGGGAGAGGAGGUGGAAGAGGCGGCAGAGGUCGCAGUUUCCGCGAAGAAGGUCCUCCCGAUGAAAUUGUUGAGGCUGGAAUGGUAUCUCAUGAUUGCGAAUCAGAGUUGGUUUGCAAGUGGACCAUUCCUGAAAAGGUGCCAUACUUUAAUGCGGGCGUCUACCUGAAAAACAAGAAGCGAGUUGGCAAAGUCGAUGAAAUCCUGGGGAAAGUUGCUCAUAUCAUGUUCACUGUCAAAAUGGACCCAGGUGUCCUGAGUAAGAGCUUUGAACCAGAUGAUCUUGUCUACCCGUGGAGUGGCGGCGGACGAGGAGUGGAAGAGGAGGUCGUGGACGGUUUCCCGGAGGCCGUGGAGGAAGAAUGGGCGGCAGAGGAGGAAGGUCCCCAGGCGGAAGAGGAGGAGGCAGAGGGUUUGGCGGCAGGGGUGGUCGUUCGCCGGGCCGAGGUAGAGGAAGGGGUAGAUUCUAGCCUUUCCCCUCUCACCCUGUUCUACACGAACAUCAAUCAAGUGUCUCGUCCUUUCUACUUUAAUAGUUUUAUAUUUCUGCACACAAAAACAUGUAUACAGUAUGCUUCUUUUCUGUUUUCCUUUUGGAUCAAUAGAAGUCCAAAGGGUUUCCUCCUUGUGGUGGUGCUUGCAUCUGCUGCUGUUGAGGUUGCUGCUGGAGCUGCUGCGACAAGGGCGAGAUGCUCUUCUGUCAAAAACUGAACCUUGCAAAGACACAGCAUUCCAUAAAGGAAAAGUCGGCCAAACGAAUCAAUGCUUUGUGCAAGGCCUGUGACCUGCGCCACAUUCGAAAGAUUCAAGAGCUUGGCGAGAAAUUGCCCAUUAACACCAGGACAAGGUAGAGGUAGAUGCUAACUUCCCCCUUCACCCUGUUCUACAUGUACAGCAACCAAAUUUCUCCUCAUUUCUACUUUAAUAUUUUAUAUUUCCACGCACAAAAACAUGUAUACGGUUUGCUGCAUUCUGUUUUCCCUCUUGGAUCAAUAGAAAUCGAAAGGGUUUCCUCCUUGUGGUGGUGCUUGCAUCUGCUGCUGUUGAGGUUGAGGUUGCUGCUGCAUCUGCUGCUGUUGAGGUUGCUGCUGGAGCUGCUGCGACAAGGGCAUUUGGUUGCCCAGAUUUUGCUGUUGUUGCGGGGCGGCACUCAUGCCCCCGAAGCCCAUGUUGUUCGGCUGCUGCAUUUGUCCUGGAGCUGGCAUGCUAAGACCACCGCUUUGGUUGGAAGCCAUGUUGGGAGCAGGCAUGGGUGAUCCCAUG